AUGGCCUCCUUUCCGACCGCCGUGCGGUCAACCCAGAAGGUUGCGCACAAUGUCCUGAGAAGGCAGCCCAUUUCUGAUGUUGCCAUCACCCGGACGGGCAAGCCUAUCCUACGAACACAGGGCGGAAGACACUCCCUCGGCGGACACACUGCGACGGUAUUUGGCGCAACGGGCCAAGUUGGACGGUACAUCGUGAACAGACUUGCCCGCCAGGGAUGUACGGUCGUCAUUCCCUUCCGUGAGGAGAUGGCCAAGCGGCAUCUCAAGGUCUCUGGUGAUCUGGGCAGAGUCGUCUUCAUUGAGUACGAUCUCCACAACACCCAGUCAAUCGAGGAGAGCGUCAGACAUUCGGAUGUAGUUUACAACCUGGUCGGCCGAAACUAUCCCACCAAGUAG